UAUAAUCAUUGUCCUAAUUGUAUCAUAUAUUUUCUUAUCCCAGUCCUAUCUUUAACAGGCAAACGUUGCAUCAACCUGAAACUCAUAAUCUUCGCACAUUCCCACUCUGUUCCUCUUCUUCACAUCAAUACUGUGCUGGCCCAGCUGGCUGCUGGUCAGAUUGCUACCUCACACCUGUCUUGGGCAGCAGGACGAGAUAUUCCGCGUGUUUCUACAUUCCCACAUGAUCCGGCCAGUCGCUUUGUAGUGCGACUUGCUUCAUCAUGGGCUUUUUGAGCUUGUUUUCUAGAAAACAGUCGUCAUCAAAGCUCUCGGGUCGACUGCUCAAGUCACAGGCAUACGAUGCUACAAUAGCUUUGGAACCACCACAAAGGGGUGCAUACCCUGUUGCUGGCAAUGGACCAAAUGUUCUAGACACUCUAUCCAAGUCGGCCAAGUUCAAAAGCACUCAGUUCCCGAUUCAUUUUGACAUAGAAGACACCUGUGCCCCUUCUCCUCCCGUCCCGCGGUUUCGAGGAGACGAUGCUCCACGACCAAAGACGGCGCCCAACGGUUCGAAGUCAGGGGCAAGCCCGACCAAAGACUCGUCGAAACGCCAAAGCACAUUCAGGGGCCGCACUCUGUCUUUCCGCAAAUCUCGCGUCAUCUCUAACCCCACCCCGGAUUUGCCAGAUAAAAGUGCGACUCCCGAGUUUUCGCACUAUGGUCAAGGUUUCGUCCAAGUGUUCCCGCAGACCCUGCCAUCCCUCCCACAUUCGUUGCCAGCGGUCACUUCACCCAUUGAACUCACACACAGACGGACCAAGUCUAUGCUCAGCGACGGUGGUCGCUCUGUUGAUUUGUUAGAUGCGCGAUCCGAACUAUCACCGCAAAGCCCGGACUUUAAGACCCGUGUGGAAGCGGCUGGAUUCAAAAGUUAUGGCGAGGAUGUAGCGGACAGAAACAUUGCCAUGAAUCUUGAUUGUAGCCAUGUCAAGGCAUUUUACACCCCGGCCGCCGAGAGCAGGACAAGACCACCGAAUAGAGAUUUGCCUUUGACUUCGGUGUCCAAGGAUAAUCCCAAACCUGCGACCUCGAGCCGCAGUCCGGCGGCGUGUCUGAGCAAGUCGCCCUCUCUUCGUCUCUUUCCUGACCAGAAUCCUCCGGCAAAGACUGCAACAGCUGCAAAAUCGGUAAAGGAUACCAGUGGCUUACUCCAGGCAUCCACCACUGGGUUGAAGCGUCAGGGGAGUUUGUCAUCAGGCACUUACGUGCCUUCAGGGUCUACUUCUGGAAACAUAGCCAACAGCUCUGCCAGGAUGAGGGCCCAAAGUCUUCACAGAACGGCUCAGUCCAAAAACACCAGCACACCAUCUUUGCCUGAUCGUCCAGUAACGAGCUGGGAUCCUCGUACUGACGACGCGAGUUCGCAAGUUCCCCAUUACAUUCCUCGAAGACAGGAGGAAGACGCCGAGAGAUGGAAGAAGUCAAAGAUACCAGUUGCUACGCCAUUUCGGCAGUCGACCCAUCCGGCCACCAAGUUUCACUCUCGGUUCCAAACCUAUCAGCCCAAGUCUGACAGCAGACCUGUCACUUCCUCGAAUGUUGGGUCAGUACCGAGAACCUCCACGUCUGCGCCUUCAGAUCCGCGCCCGUCCUCUUCGAGGGCGAACAGCGGCCAUGUCCUGGAACUCCCCGCGUCAUUCGCCGUGAGCGAUGGCUCGGACUGGUUUGCAGGCUUGGAUGAUACAAAGUCAGCGCCCUCACCCUGUGUGAGUAUAUCGCAUACGCACAAUGAAAGGUCAGAAGCCAGAAGUGUUGGAGGCCGCAGAUGCCCAAGGACCCAAAGCAUGUUUUCGCUGUCCAGGCGCAGUGAUCUCGAAGAUAUUUCCGAAUUCGUUCCCGAGCGCACAAGCAGCAGACGAAGGUGGUCGGUCGCAUCCGAUACGCCCAGCAUGUCUUCUCUAGGCUCUUUUGCACACACACCCCGUCCUCAGUCCGUCAUGACCCCAGAGACUUCGAUCGAUCUCAGCUUUCAGGUGAUGAAGAAACCCACUUCCAAGGCUUCACUUCGCCCCACUCAGAGCAGAGGGUCAAUCUACUCGACGAAUGCCCAGGGAAUGCUCGAAAUAGUUGCAGAUAUCCCAAGGACAAAUCGACAGGACCAUAAAGAAGAUUUCAACAUUGAUGACUACGUCUCCUCUGACGACGACUCGUUUGUGGCGCCGCGACAUCCGCGAGUCCAGGAUGGAGAGAACCUCCUGUUUAGAAACAGCGGAUAUGGCAUAUCUCAGCUACCUGGUCUGAGCCACAGCUACGCCACAACAGAGCCGGCGUCGGCGCCCGUGGUUCGUGGGCGGGCUCCUCCUGUGUCCAUGUCCAAUCCUCCAUCGGAACGGCCGUCCAGCAAGAAAAGCCCAAGGCUUGCAGGACGGAGUUUUGACUCAAUUGCCUCGGUUUACAGCACACGCAGGUCCAUGUCAAAAUCCCAAUCGCGUUUUCGGCGACCAUCGAUGGAGGUUGACCACAGCUCAGAUGGGGAGAUUGACAGCCUGAGAGACAGCCAUGGUCAUCCUCGAGAAUCUCGUCAACAAUCUCCAUCGGUUAAAGGUCAAGCUGCCCCACGGCGACUCUCUGUGACAGCAGUCAAGUACGAUAAUAAGAGUAAUAUUGAAAUCGUACAUGCCACCAGGAUUUGCGUCUGUGGCGGUUACGCUGAUGAGCCAAAGGCGGAGAGGUUGGGCUAUUCUGCAGCUGCCCGAAGGCGGAAGCAGGAGAAAAAAAGGGAGCGAACCAUGCAGCUCGCGCAGCGUGGCAGAAGGAAUAAUGGAGCUGGCAAAGCAGAAAGGCGUCAAAGUCUCUCGAAUGAGCAACUCAAGCAACUUAAAGAUGUUUUUGACCUGAUCGACAAGGAUGGAACCGGCGCUAUUUCAGCUUCCGAGUUCGCUGAAGCCAUGGAGUCUCUCGGCUUGAGCUCCUCGGCCGCCGAGGCGCAGGAAAUUAUCAACGAGAUAGACCAGAACAAGGACGGUCAGAUCGACUUUCACGAGUUUCUCCGGGUCAUGUCGCAUCCCGAGACACACGAUGCCCUAAACCCUAACGAGAGGACAAAGGACUCCAAAAAGGACGAGCGUGAGCUGCUGGCCGCCUUCAAGGUCUUUGAUUCGGACGGCAGCGGGUCCAUCUCCCCCGAGGAGCUGCGCCAUGCCCUGCGGCCUCUGGGUUAUACCCCGGCCGAGAUCGACGAAAUGAUUGCCCACGCCGACCUGGAUGGGAACGGUUCGAUCGACUACCAAGAAUUUGUGGAGCUCAUGUCUCAGAAGCAUUAGAUAUCUGGUUAUAAUACCCCGGGAAGAAAGUACAAGUUGUCUUAGUUCUUUUUGCAUUUGGUCUUUGCUUCACUCUUCGAGAUGUGGAAAGUGAUUUUUUUCCUUCUCAAUUACCACUGGCAUUUGCUGCGUAGCUGUUUCACAAGGGCUCUUCUUAGUUGAAUGAGCCUUGUUUUGGUCUGAAUGUCUUUCCAUGGAGCGGGUUUGACAAACACGGAAAGGCUUGACUUAGCAAGGUCAUCCCCUGUGUUCUGUACGGACCUAUCUACAUACGGACUCGCUACUCUCUCAACAAACUGGCGUACAUCAGCUGGAUUGCCAUCGAAACUGACCUAUACAUGGCUGUAAAUUACGCGCCAAGUUACACACUAACCCAAAUUAGCAUGUCAUAAAGGAUGGAAAGGGAGAAAAAAGAUAAGACCAAAGGGGUUUAUUGACUUGUGUUUCUUUAUGAUUAAGAAACGAAGAGGAUCAACUCAGAACCUCCAGUUUCAUUCCUUUCCCCCUAUGUGGCGAUAAACGACGCUAAAGUCCCUCCCCUUGCACCUCUCCUCCUUGUCCGCCGCGUCGUAAAUCUCCUUGGCCCUGUCAGCCAGCUCGAGCCUGGCCCCCGCCUCCUGCGCCGCCUUGAUGGCCAAGCCCAGGUCCUUGCGCAUCAGCGCGAUUCCGAACCCUCCAGCGUAGUCCCGUCCCGCCGGCGCGCCGUCCACCACGCCGGGGACGGGGUUGUUGGUCUCGCUGGGCCAGCACCUGCCCGUCGAGGCGUUGAUGACGCCCGCCAAGACCUUGGGGUCCAACCCCCACCGGAUCCCCAGAUUCAUGGCCUCGGCCGUGGCCACGUUGGAGAUGGCGAGGAGGUAGUUGUUGGCCAGCUUGGCCGACAGGCCCGUGCCCUGGGCGCCGCAGUGCAGCACCCGCCGGCCCAUCUUGAGCAGCACCGGCUCGAUCCGCCCGACCAGCUCCGGCCUCUCGCAGCCGAGCAUAAAAGUGAGCGUCCCCGCCGUGGCUCCAACCACGCCUCCCGACAUGGGCGCGUCCGCAAACGUCGACCCGGCCGCCGCUACUGCCUUUGCCACCUCCCUGGACGAGGAUGGGUCGAUGGUCGAGCAGUCGAUGAAGAGGCAUGGUUUUUGCUUGCCGUUUUGGGACUGGGAAGCGAUGAUGGAUUUGUAGACCGUCUUUACGUGGAUCGGCUCAGGGAGCACUGUUAUGACAGUGUCCUGCGGAUCGUGAUUGUCAUGACCUGUCGUGUUAGAAGUAGUAGAUAAAAAAUAAAAAAAGCUUUCACCCUGUUGUUAUCUGCUUAGUGGCGUGUCGGAUGCUGACACCCAUAAGCCAGAUACGCAUAGCUAAGGAACUUACCGCUCCGGCCGAAGCAGCCUCGCCAGACUCGGCCAGCUCAACCGCCGCCCCGCGUGUCGUGUCCGUUUUUGAGGACGUCUUCAUCUCCCCUGCCAACCUCUGCAUUGCGUCACGGUUGAUGUCGUACAGACGAACGGUGUCUGACGGAGAAAGCUUUGACUGAAGAUUCUUGGCCAUUUGGUAACCCAUCUGCCCCAGCCCGAUAAAGCCAUAUGUGUCUAACCUCCGUGCUGUCGAUGAGAAAGCCCUUCUAGACGCCCUGACAUGGCGGAGAGAUUGUGGAGAGGCUUUCAUGUUGAAUUUGUGUUUGAUUAUAAGAAGCCGAGACUCGAAUGAAUCUGCAGGGUAAAUGAGAAAGUUGAAAGAAAUUAUGGUGAGACAAUCUUAACAAAAAAUGUAUUUUGUUUUUCUUUUUUCCCUUUCCCCCCCUUCUUUGAUGGUGA